AUGUCAAGCGAUCAACUAUCAACAAAGAUUAUGAAUUUAGGCUACUUUGACAUAAUCGAAAAAGCUAUAUAUCAAGUUCCAUUACAUUUAAAAAUUUAUCUGCUUGAAUGCACAAAUUACAUGUAUAAAAAGGAGGAACUAAACGGGGAACAGAUACAAGGAGAAAAAUUAUUACCAGUUAUGAAGCUUUGCUUGAUUUCUGAAGAUAUUGAAUUGAGUAUUACUACAGCUUCACUUCUCAGUAAUAUGUGCAGACAUUUUACUAAAUUUUCUGAUGAAUGCCAAGAGUUACUUUUCAAUCUGAUUGCUAUUUGCUUUUCAAGAGAAGAUAACAGUUUACUUAUAUUUGUAGGCGAUGCAUUAAGCCGCAUUUUACAUUUAAUAAUAGGGCAUCCAAUUCGACCAAUUAUUGAUAUGAGUUUAGACUUUGCUUGGAGAGCAAUUCAAAUUGAAAAUGAAGAUAUUCAACUUUAUGCACUUAAAUGUGCAACAGAACUUCUGCUACACAAAGAAAUCGAAAACAUAUUCAGAAUUAUUAGUAUUGAAGAUGCUGCAUCAUUUUUAAAUUCAUUUACAGAAAUUUUGGUUAAACAAUCCAUCGCAUUCUUCUUUUGUUUAAUGGAUGAAUAUUCAGAUCUUAUUGACGAUGUAAUAACAUCAACAGUUCCUUCGAGAAUUUUAUCUUUAAUGGAAUUUGCUCCUUGUAAGGUGAAAGACUUAGCUUUUAGAUAUUUCUUCUGUCCAAUAUAUAGAAAACCAAGUUUGAGACUUGAUUCACUUAUAAAUGUGCAAUAUUUGGAAAGAUUCUUCGAAAUGAUACCAAAUUGUCAUGGAACUUCCGUUUAUAUUGAUUGCUUAGAGACACUAAUUCAAUAUCCCAUGUUUAUUGAAAUAAUAAACCAAAUUGACGGCGUUGAUACUCUCGAAGAGGUUUAUGACAAAAUUGACGGCGAUGAAGCUGAUAGAUUGAAUCUUUUGCUCGAUAAAAUUGCAGAACUGCAAAAAGAUGAUUGA